AUGAUUCUAAUAAACGAAGUCAAGUACGCUUGCAUGGAGUGUAUCAGAGGACAUCGUUCCUCGAUGUGCCGGCAUCAUCAAAGGCCGCUACUACAGGUUAGGCUGAAGGGGAGACCAAAUGUGGGACAUGGCAACAAAAACCAUAGAAUCGCUGUCUUCGCUGAAGAAAUUGCAUCUCUGCCCGAGCCAGAGGAUGGCGACAGCUGCAGAGAUUUCCCCGUUGUGAUUUUAAAAGCUUCCGACAAACAAGUAAUUGAUCUUCUGAACGGUCAGAUUCUAGGGCCUUACAGUGAGGCCGCCAAGGACAUGUACAAUACGAAACCUGUAAUUCGCUCCGACAGCUUUAUCAACUCAUCGUCGUGCUGUUCUAAGGGUGCCUCCAAAGUGAGUAAACAGUGUUCCUGCAACAAAUCUAAUGUUUCCAAGACAAAGAUUCUCAAAUCUUACUUCGACAAACAUAAGAGCAAGGAUGUUCUGGUCAAGAAGGAGCCACAUGUAAUUCCAGCAAAGCUGAGCUGUUGCAGCUCGAAAAAGCAGGCCAAUGGAAAUGCCCAGAACGAGAACGGUUACUCGGCGAACCUCUUUGCAAACCCGUAUUACGCGGGACAAUGGAAUAAUGCAACACAACCACAGCAAAGCUAUAACAUGUCGUUUCCACAGAUGCCUCAAGGGUAUCCUCCACUACAAAACAAGCUCCCUCAAACGCAAGUGUACCCAGAUACAUUCCAAGCACAACCUCAAUCUCAGCAAGACAUGUUCCACAAUUUCGCUGCAAGCAACACAGGAGAAAUAUUCGAGGUGGUCAAUCCACAGUCUGAAAUACAGCUUGAAUCCCUUAGAAACGAUGCUCAGUACGGCUCAAACUUGAUUCUUACGCUGAAGGAGCAGAAAACCACCGAACAAAGACAAACACAGCCUACGUUACCGCCAGUAUCGUUUCCUAAAGACUUCGAUACCUACGCUAAUUUCCUUCGUCAAAUUAUCGGCGAAUCACAAGAUGUCCAAGAGGUUCAGAAUGGAAAUGAGCCUGAGCAAGUGCCUAACGAGGAGCAGGCGUGUGAAUGUCCUGACGAGGCAUGCUUCUGUACUAAUUGUGAAGCACACGGCAUAAUUGAUGGCUACAGACUAGACGACAUUUUCAAUUCCCGCACAGUUGAUCAAACAACCAAGACAGAGCCAUUAGACCGAACGUCGUUUGAAUCAAAGAGAUCAUCGAUUGAACCCAGCACUUCCGUGCUGUCUCUCAGCUCAAACACAUCGACGUUAGGCAAGAGAACCUAA